AUGCUCAAGCGCUUCGGUGGUCUCAUCUUCGGUCUUUCACAAGCAUCUCAUACGAGUACACCGCAUCUUCAGGCAGCAACGAUGGCUUCACAAGCGCCAUCCGGCAAGGAGCUCUGUACAGUCGCCAAUGGGUGCUUCUGGGGAACAGAGCACAUGUUUGCCAAGCACUAUGGCAGCAAGGUCGACUCCAUGAAGGUCGGAUAUUGUGGUGGCAAGGAGAGCUCGACAUCGCCAAGCUACAGAGAGGUCUGCUCGGGCACGACGGGACAUGCAGAGGCGCUCCAGAUCACCUUUGAUCCUAGCAAAGUCAGCUACGAGGAGCUCGUGACGUUCCAUUUCAGGAUGCACGACCCGACGACGCUGAACAGGCAAGGUGGCGAUCGCGGGACUCAGUAUCGGUCUGCCGUCUACACUCACUCUGACGAGCAAGCCAAGACUGCCGAGAAGGUCAAGGCAGACGUACAGGCCAAGCAUUGGAAGGGCAAGACCGUCGUCACAGAAAUCACGCCGGCAGGACCAUGGUGGGAUGCAGAAGACUAUCACCAAAAGUACUUGCAUAACAAUCCUGGCGGCUACGAAUGUCCCGCGCAUCGGUUUCGGCCGAGUCGAGCGAUUGACUCAAGUCCGCACAAGACUACCUCCUGUCAGCAGAUCUGUCCCCUCAGGCAAACUCAGCAGCCGACCGCCGUCACAGCGUCAAAGCCGCGUCAUCGUCUCGAGCUUGGUCAGGCCACCAUGGCGGCAGAGGAGGGCGAGAAGAUGGCGACAGACAAGCCAGAGGAAGAAGAGCUGCCUCAAGAGAUCCUGGACGCCUCUGCGGAUGAGAUUGCUACCCGCAUGCGCCUCAUCGACAAUGACAUCAAAGUCAUGAGAUCAGAGCAGGGCCGUCUCAGGCAUACACAGAAGGAGAUGCAGCUCAAGCUGGCCGACAACUUUGACAAGAUCAAGAACAACAAGCAACUGCCUUAUCUUGUCGCCAAUGUUGUGGAGCUGCUCGAGAUCAACCCAGAUGGGGACGAGGAGAAUGACGGGGCGAACGUAGACCUCGACUCUACCGUCAAAGGCAAAUGUGCCGUAGUCAAAACAUCCACCCGUCAGACGAUCUUCCUGCCCCUCGUCGGUCUCGUCGACCCCAACAAGCUCAAGCCGUCCGAUCUUGUCGGCGUCCAGAAGGAUUCGUACCUCAUCCUCGACACACUGCCAUCAGAAUAUGACUCGCGCGUCAAAGCUAUGGAGGUCGAUGAGAAGCCCACAGAGGCGUACACAGACAUCGGUGGCCUGGACAAGCAGAUCGAGGAGCUCGUCGAAGCCAUCGUCAUGCCCAUGAAGUCUGCAGAAAAGUUCAAGGCACUCGGCAUCAAAGCCCCCAAAGGCUGUCUCAUGUACGGACCGCCCGGCACAGGCAAGACUUUGCUCGCUCGUGCAUGUGCCGCACAAGCAGAUGCUUUCUUUCUCAAGCUCGCUGGACCUUCUCUCGUCCAGAUGUUCAUCGGCGAUGGUGCAAAACUCGUCAGAGACGCUUUCGAGCUUGCGAAAGAAAAGGCGCCAGCUAUCAUCUUCAUCGAUGAGCUCGAUGCGAUAGGUACCAAGCGGUUCGACAGCGAAAAAUCAGGCGAUCGUGAAGUGCAAAGAACCAUGCUCGAGCUGCUUAAUCAGCUCGACGGCUUCGGUAGCGAUGAUCGCAUCAAGGUCAUUGCAGCCACAAAUCGGAUUGACAUCCUCGAUCCGGCGCUCUUGCGAUCUGGCCGAUUAGACCGCAAGAUUGAGUUCCCCUUGCCGACUGAGGAAGCGCGGGCGAGAAUAUUAGAGAUCCACUCUCGAAAGAUGUCACUCAGCAAUCGCAUAAACUUCGAAGAGCUCGCGAGGAGUACAGAUGAGAUGAAUGGCGCGCAGCUCAAAGCAGUCUGUGUCGAGGCAGGCAUGAUCGCGCUCCGAGAAGGCGCUACGGCACUGAAUCACGAGCAUUACCUCAGCGGCAUUCUCGAGGUGCAGUCGCGCAAGAAGAACGAUCAGUUUUACUUUGCAUAA